GACAAACAUAAGAAAACAACUCAGAAUAAACCGGCGUCGUUUCUGUCAGUUCCCUCCCUCCGCAUCCGCUCCUCUAAUCAAAUCUGCGUCUCUCUGGGUUUUCCAUUUCCUUUCAAGUUUGAACUGCUAAGAGAGGGAGAGUAAGAUCUUCCCUAGUCCAGCCAUGGAAAACCCUAAAGUUCAAGAGAUUAUAGAGAAGCAAGUACUUACGGUAGCGAAGGCCGUGGAGGACAAGCUGGAUGAAGAGAUCGCCGCACUUGAGCGUCUUGAUGUCGACGAUCUGGAGGCUCUGAGAGAGAGGCGUAUACAGCAGAUGAAGAAAAUGGCGGAGAAGCGCAGCCGUUGGAUCUCCCUUGGCCAUGGCGAGUACUCUGAGAUCCCCUCUGAGAAGGACUUCUUCUCCGUUGUAAAAGCCAGCGACCGUGUCGUUUGCCAUUUCUAUCGCGAGAAUUGGCCCUGCAAGGUGAUGGACAAGCACUUGAGCAUAUUGGCAAAGCAACACAUAGAGACACGUUUUGUGAAAAUUCAUGCUGAGAAAAGUCCAUUUUUGGCUGAGAGACUCAAGAUUGUUGUUCUCCCAACCCUUGCCCUUAUAAAGAAUGCCAAAGUGGAUGAUUAUGUGGUGGGGUUUGAUGAACUCGGCGGGACAGAUGAGUUUAGCACAGAGGAUUUAGAGGACAGGUUGGCUAAAGCUCAAGUCAUCUCUUUUGAGGGUGAAUCAUCUCUGAAUCCAUCAAAAUCUAGCACACAAACCAGAAGGAGUGUGAGGCAAAGUGAAAGCCAUGACUCAUCAGAUUCGGACUGAAAUCUGUUGUUCCUGAUGCCAACUAUUUUUAUAUAAAAUUGUUCAGUCAAUGGAAAAAUCAGUUAUGGUUUAUAUUGGGAUGGCAAUGUUAUAUGAUUUUAGUGUUUUGUUGUUAUUGUGAGAUUUAUAUAUGCUGUAUGUGUUGUAAUAGGCAGUGUUCUUACAUUGACAGAAUGCGUCCUAGAAUUCUAGGGGUAAUUUUGUAAUGAACACAUCGUGGGUAUGUAAUGAAUCUAGGACAGCGCUUUGCAUAGCAAAUAAAUGUAGUUCAAAAGAGAAAUGAAAGGAUAACUGCAAAAGAAAAAUGAACA